UAUUCGUAAACACCUUUGUGUGCACCUGUGUUUGAACCCUUAUAUUCAAAACCCCGCGAGGCCGCGCCUCAGUGAAUCGGCUCCCAAGUCCUGUGACCGAAGUUUGGGCAAUUCGUCGAACACCUUACCUGCAAAUCCGAAAAACCCUCUGAAUUUCCACAGCAUGCUAUCUGCUUCUUCAAGGCGUUUGCGAUGCUACAUAGCAGCAGCAUCAAACCGAUGCGCUAGCAAUUUCGGCCCCAACUCGGCUCCAAAUCGGUACCCGAUUCACAAGCGUAUGCCAUUAUCCACCCCACUUGAUAAGCCAUUGUUUUCCACUAUAAGUAGCUUCAUCAGCAACUCUCGGGCCUCUUCUUUCUCAGAAGAAGACGCUAUAGUGAAUCAAAUUCUUUCCGAUUUAGAAAACGCCGCUCCAUUACUCGAAUCGUCAUACAAAAAACGCUUCCUGAGCUCCAAAGCGUUUAAUCGUGUGCUGGUUGCAGCAGCCAGCGAAAGGAACGAUCUUUCCCUUGUAUCCCAACUUGUUCAAGUUGCAGUCGCGUCUCGUCGUCAACCCUUGAACUCGACUUGUUUUCUCACUGUCGCCAAGGCUUUUGCGAAGUCAGAUGAUUGUGGGGAGUUGCUCAGACUAACAAAGCAAGUCAUGGAGAUGACCUCUCCCAAUAUGACCAUCAUUAACAGGGUUCUCUUUGCCUUUGGUGAAUGUGGAGAGAUUGAUAAAGCGCUUCUGAUCUUUGCCCAGAUGAAAGCUUUGAAUUUUGUACCAGAUUUGUACACCCACAACACCAUUUUGGAGAUCUUGGGUUGUGCAGGUCGCAUUGAUGACAUGCUGGGUCAGUUUGGGUCCAUGAAAGAAGCUGGUAUUGACCCAGAUGUGGUUUCUUACAAUGCUGUGUUGAACAAUUUGAGGAAGCUUGGGAAAUUCGAUAUUUGCUUGUUCUAUUUCGGGGAAAUGGGUGAAAAUGGAGUUCAGCCAGAUUUGCUGACUUAUACAGCAAUGAUUGAGAGCCUGGGCCGAUCAGGAAAUGUUGAUGAGUCACUGAGACUCUUCAGUGAGAUGAAGGCGAGGCGGAUUCGUCCUUCGGUGUAUGUUUACCGGUCACUGAUCAGUAACCUGAAGAAGAUGGGGAAGGUGGACUUGGCAUUGAAGUUGAUGGAGGAGAUGAAUUCAUGUGAUACAGAGUUUGCUGGUCCUACGGAUUUCAAACGAAAUAAACGCUUGUAAAUAGUUAGAAGCAGAUAUUUGUUUUGGUUUUGGACUUUGGAGGUCUCUUGGUAUUGCCAUUUGAUAUAGUUGUAUGGUUCUUGAAAUCUGCCAUUCACUUUCUGUGGUCAUUUGCAAAGUGAUGCUUAUCAUUAAGACAUUGUUUCACAUAGGCAAGGCACACAAUCAGCUCAUGCUUCUUGCUCUAUCAUAUAUGCUAGGAUGUCAAAUUAUGGUAAUGUCAAAUGUUGUUGAAAACCCAAAA